UUACGUAGACCUGGCGAGUCCAUAGAUAUGCAAAGCAUUUCUAUUCGCGCACUUCAAAUCGAGUGGUCAUAUUAAUUUUUUCCUUACGUGCGUAAAUUUAUAUGUGCAUAUAACGUUAAUAAUGCCGGUUUUGAAUAUUGUGCCAGUUCUUCGUUUCUACACUAUGUUGCUGCGUCAUCUGGGAAUAAUGCCAAUUGGCUAUUGUCCGAAGGAAAAUAAAUAUGUGUUGCAGACUGGAUGGAAAUUUCAAUUGAUGCAUUGGAGCUUACAAUGCACUUAUAUGCUAUCGAUGUCAAUUUUGGUAACGAGAAGAGAGACGUUCUUCAGUAAGAAACAUAAUUCUAUAGAACACAACUACUGGAGCAUACUGGUUUUCGGUGCAAUAUUAGUGCAAUUCUUGAUAAAUGCUUGGAUUUUGACGCUUCGCCGCUUUCAUUUGAACAUUAUAACCUAUUGCAUUCAUUUAACGGAACAAUUGUCCGGCAUUGCCACACGAAAAGUUGGCCUUUAUCAGCUAAUUAUAAUGGUGGCCGUUAUGGGAGCAAGUGCGCUCAACACUUGCUUCAUGUGGAACAAGCUUUUGAUGCCGAGUACAUUCAAGGACAUGUAUCUGCAUAUGCCUUGGCUAAUAUUUCAAAUAUACUACUUUAUACUAUCGUUCAUAUUAUCGAUUUAUAUUUGCAUCGUUCAAAUCAUAGCUGAACAUUUGAUCACUCUUAACACUUUUAUUGCGACAAUUACGUUUAAGCGACAUUUGCGUAUUACCGAUAUAUAUUUAGACAAUAUUCAAAGUUAUUUAGAAAUCUAUGACAACCUACUGUUUCUAUGCACUGAAUAUAUAAGUAAAAGUUACGGCGUUAUUUUUGUACUCAUCACAUUUAUUUCGACGCUCGAUAUAACUUUCAUUGUGUAUACGAUGUAUACAGACCCCAUUGACGGAUAUUUGGAGACUAUUUAUUGCGCAGCUCGAUCGCUAUCUUUCGCAUUGCCAUCUGUCAUAUUCCUGUGUAUGGUGUUUCUGGGCAGUAACAUACAGGUUCAGGCGAACAAUACGCUCAAAAUUCUUGCGAAAAUUCCGCACACUGGAACCGGGCUGGACAAAAUGGUGGAUAAGUUUUUGAUGAAAAAUAUACGUAAGAAACCGAUGUUGACGGCUUAUGGAUUUUUCCAACUGGACCGCAGCGCUUUGUUCAAGCUUUUUACGGCGAUUAUUACGUAUAUUAUGAUUUUAGUGCAAUUUACAGACAUUGAAAACUCCUUAAAAUCAAAAAAUUGAGAACAAAAAAAAACACUAAACUAUUGUGUAAUGUGUAAUUUUUAUUCAAAUACCACCAUCGUUGGUUUGAACAAUAAUUCAUGUCGAAUUUAAAGAAGAUAUCUUAGCAAAUAUAAAAGUUUUCCAUACAAGAGUUUUAUUUUAAGCGAUCAGUUUGUAUGGCAGCUAUAUGCUAUAGUAAUCCGAUAUCGGCGAUACCGACCAAUGAACAGCUUCCUGGGGUGAAAAAGACGUGUGCAAAUUUUCUGAACGAUAUGUCAGAACU